UCUGUAUCUCUGUGACCACAAAUAGCAUCUCUGGUAAGUCUUUUGGAUUUGGACUUUCUCCAACUCUUGGUUGCCGUACAGGGCGUGAGAAGCCUUGAGAAAUAAGAUUAAUCCCGCCCAGUGGACUCUGGUCUCCUCACAUCCUCCUAGCGGCGUCCAGGCCUCUCUCACGCCGUGGAUUCCCUGGCGGCCACCUGAGACAGAAUCUCCCCAACGCAUUGCGAGCCACGGGCUGCGCCAGGGAGCACCCAUGAAGGCACUGCAGAGACUGGUGGGUGGGUCCGCCUCUCCGCGCUUCCGAGGCCGGCCCCUCCUCCGGGGAGGGGGUGGGGACGCGCGGACCGUGCGAGGGUGCAGGUGGACGCGGAAGGUGGCCGGGGGCGCCAGAGGCAGGGCCCGGGAGACCUGGCGCAGGCGCAGGCAGGGUCCGACGCGGGACUCAGGGCCGGGUCCUGCUCCUGACCAUCUGUGCAGCAGGCAUUGGGGGAACUUUUCAAUUCGGCUACAAUCUCUCCAUCAUCAAUGCCCCGACCUUGCCCAUUCAGGAGUUCAUCAAUGGGACGUGGCAGGCGCGGACGGGCCGACCCCUGCCUGAGCACCUGCUGCUGCUCGUGUGGUCCAUCAUUGUGUCUCUGUACCCGCUGGGGGGCUUCUUGGGGGCGCUGUUCUCCGGACCCCUGGCCGUUUUCCUGGGAAGGUGUGAGCAUGAACAUCCAGCCCAUAUACCUGGGGGAGAGCGCCCCCAAGGAGCUUCGGGGAACAGCAGCCAUGAGCUCGGCCGUCUUUGCUUCCCUGGGGGUCAUGAUGGGCCAGGUGGUGGGACUCAGAGAGCUCCUGGGUAGUCCACACUCCUGGCCCCUGCUGCUGGCCAGCUGCUCGGUGCCUGGGGUGCUUCAGAUGCUCUCCCUGCCCCUGCUCCCAGAGAGCCCGCGCUACCUCCUUAUUGACCGCGGGGACACCGAGGCCUGUCUGGCAGCGCUGCGGCGGCUGCGGGGCUCGGCGGACGUGGCGGACGAGCUGGCGGAGCUGCAGGAGGAGCGCUCGGCCUGCCGCUGCCUGCGCGCGCGGCGGCCCUGGGAGCUGUUCGGGGACCGCGCGCUGCGGAGGCAGGUGCUGAGCCUCGUGGUGCUGGGCAGCUCCAUGGCGCUGUGCGGCAACGACACGGUGUACGCCUACGCCUCCUCCGUGUUCUGGGAGGCCGGGAUCCCCCAGGACAAGAUCCAGUACGCCAUCGUGGGCACUGGCAGCUGUGAGCUGUUCACAUCGUGCAUCAGUUGUGUGGUCAUCGAGAGGGUGGGCCGGCGAGUGCUACUGAUCGGGGGCUACAGCCUGAUGGCCUGCUGGGGCAGCGUCUUCACUGUGGCCCUGUGCCUGCAGAGCGCCGGUCCCAGCAUGUCCUACCUAGCCAUGUGCUGCGUCUUUGCUUUCAUCCUCAGCUUUGGCAUUGGCCCCGCCGGAGUGACGGGGAUCCUGGCCACAGAGCUGUUUGACCAGAUGGCCCGGCCUGCUGCCUCCAUGAUCUCCGGGGCGCUGCUGUGGCUCAUGCUCUUCCUGGUGGGGCUGGGCUUUCCCUUCCUCAUGGAAGGCUUGUCCCAGUUCCUCUAUGUGCCUUUCAUCUGUGUCUGUGUCGGUGCCGCCCUCUACGCUGGCUUCUUCCUGCCCGAGACCAAAGGCAAAACCUUCCUGGAGAUCUCCGAGGACCUGCAGAGGCUUGGCUCCUCCAGGCCGCGGGGCCAGGGCCUGCUGCGCAAGGGCCCCAAGAUCAUCUCGUCCACGGAACUCUAGGGCCGAGCGUGGCUGCUCUGCUCUUUCCUGCCUGCGACGCUCACAGCCCCUCUCGCCUCCUCUCGCUCCUGGGGACUCAUUGAACCAGAACUUAUUGGGCACCUGUCAGACGCAGGCUGGAUGCCAGGUGCCAAUCAGUGGGGUGCCCGC